AUGCAAUCAUCUUCAUCACGUAUAUUAACAUUAAUAAAACAAGCGAAGCAAACAUUUUCCAUAAUAUUAUCAAAGAAUGAUCAUAACUAUGAUGCAAAGGAUUGCAUUGAUUCACUCAGACGUUCAAUGAAUCGAAUAACAAAGCAUGAUUUAAAUUUUACAUUAUUUGAUAAUAUAAAAAAUGGUCAACCAUCAAAUCCAAUUGAUCAAAGAAACCAAGAAGUAUUUUUAAAUUCAAAUGCUCCAGUUUUUUAUAUGAAAUUAUAUGAAGAUAAUGUUAUAUCGGUGGGAAUAUUUAUUAUAAAAUCUCAUCAUCGUAUGCCAUUACAUGAUCAUCCACGUAUGUUUGGUUUAAUCAAAGUUCUUGAUGGUCAAGGUCAUUUAAAUGCUUAUAAUGUUUUAUUUGAAAAAAGUGAAAAUGAACUUAUUGGUACUCGACACAUAUCGACAUCAAUCAAUUCACAAUCAGAAACAGCUGUACUCUAUCCGAAUCAAUCAAAUAUUCACGAAAUAUAUACGAUAGAUAAUGAUCAUUGUGCUUUUUUGGAUAUUCUUAGUCCACCAUAUUCAAAUGAAAAUGAUUGUACAUGUUAUAUUGCUAAACCAUCGUCGGUACAGUCGGCAACAAAUAUAAAUGAAAACGAUAGAAAUUAUAUUUUAAAACGAAUAUUUGACGAUGAAUAUUAUACUGAAUCACUUCAAUAUACAGGUCCAAUAAUAUCACUUUGA